AUGGAAGGCCUCAAGUUCCAGUGCCGGGACACCUUCGAUGCCGGACGUUCCCACUUCGACCAUCCCGCCAGCAGCCGGUUCGAGGAGAUGGAUGCCAUCGUGUUCUUCGAUGACGUGCUGGUGCCCUGGGAGCGGGUGUUCCUCUAUAACGACGUGGCCCUGUGCAACCAGUGGGGCGAGCGCACCAACCGCAACGCCCACACCGGCCACCAGGUGGUCACCAAGAACGUCAUCAAGUGCGAGUUCGUGCUGGGCCUGGCCUCGUUGAUGGUGGAUAUCCUGGGUUCAGGAGAGCUGCCGCAGACGCAGCAACUCAUCGCCGAGGUCAUCGAGAACCUGGAGAUUACGCGGGCGCUGCUGGCCGCGUCGGAGGCCCAGGCGUCAACCGACGAGUGGGGUAUCUUCUGCCCCGACUACCGGCCUCUGCUGGUGGCGCGCAAGCAGAUGAUUCAGAUGUAUCCGCGGAUGACCGAGAUACUGCACCUGCUGGGUUCCAGCAGCCUGAUGGCGCUGCCGGCCGAGGCCGACCUCAACGGUCCGCUGGCCGACGAGAUUGAGCGGUAUCUGGACACCGAUACGGCGACGGCGGAGGAACGCAUCCGGUUAUUCCGGCUGGCGUGGGAUGUGUCGUGCAGCGCAUUCGGGGGCCGCCAGACGCUUUACGAGCGGUACUUCGGUGGAGACUCGGCCCGCAACGCCGCCCUGCUCUACCAGAUUUACGACCGCACGCCGGCGCGCCAGCUGUCCAUGGGGCUGGUGUCGCUGGACGAGGUGGCGCUGGAUUUGGGCGGCAUCCAGCACGACCGCCGCUUUUACCUGCUGACGACGUCCUGGGACGUCGGGGCAGAACGGUUGACCAUCGGCUUCCCGGGCGGCACGACGCUGGAGGGUCAUCCGGACCUGGACCGCCCGGUAUGGACCAUCGUGUGGGGCCGGCGAGUCCGCGGGCGAGCCCUCAUGGGCGAAUGGAUGGCCGCGCUGAGCGACUUUUGCGAGCAACCCGUUGCACUGAUAAUGUCAGAUUUGCCUUGCCAGGUGUUCGAUGAAUUUCCGGUGUCGGUACUGUCUCGGGCGUCGGUGGAACGGCUGUCGUCGAGAUGGGGAUGUCCGAGGACGAAUGCCUGGCCACCGAUCGUUUCCGCCCCACGCUCCUUCUAG